UAGGCGGCGCGGGGCAGCCGGCAUGGAGCUCCAGGAGGCGAGGCAGAGCCGGGCGCACUGCUAUCCCGCGUUCACGGCAGUGCAUAUCGCUUCCAGCUGCCGCUCCUUCCAGCUAGUUCCCUGUUCCUAGACGAUCCCCCUCCCCACAACCUCCUCAGGUCCCUCUCUCUAUGGAUUCGUUUCAGUCUGCACAGAUGUUGAGCUUGCCCGCCGAGCUCGGCAGCAACAACUUAGAACUGGCGGAGCUGGCGGAGCCGGAAGAACGGGUGGCAUCAGUGACCGGAGGAGACUCUGCGGCCCACCCAGAGGCGUCUCCCGAGGGCUCUGAACCUCCCCCGACGCAAGAGCUGGAGCAAGCACAGCCUUUGGGGACCUCGACGCCGCCAGAGUGCAAAGUCCUGCUCACACAGGCUGAUGCCUUGGCAUCCGGGGGGCGCCUUCGGGAAGCCCUCGAGGUGUACCGACAGCUCUCCGAGAGGCAGCAGCUAGUGGCUGAGCAGCUGGAGCAGCUGGUGCGCUGCCUGGCUGAGAGCGUCCCGCAAAAGGAGCCGGUGGCGCCAGCUCCCUCGGAUGAGAGCAGCACCCCAACCUGCUGCAAGGUGGCCGUGGAAGAAGCAGGGGAGGCUGCAGCCGUGGCCCCCGAGGUAUGGGAUGGCUUUAAGUGCCGGAAGUGUCACGGAUUUCUCUCAGACCCCGUGUCCUUGUGGUGCGGCCACACCUUUUGUAAACUGUGCCUGGAACGUGGGCGGGCCGCCGAUCGGCGCUGCGCGCUGUGCGGGGUCAAGCUCUCGGCUCUCAUGGUGCCCAGUGGGAGGGCACGCGGGACACGACGGGCUGGGCCGCCGGCGCCAAUGCAACUGCGAGUCAACGUGGUACUCAGCGGCCUUCUGGGCAAGUUGUUCCCCGGCCCGGCGCGGGCGUCGCAACUCCGGCACGAGGGCAACCGGCUGUAUCGUGAGCACCAGGUGGAGGCAGCUCUGCUCAAAUACAACGAGGCAGUUAGGCUGGCUCCAAAUGACCAUUUGCUUUACAGCAAUCGGUCUCAAAUUUAUUUCACCUUGGAGUCUCAUGAGGACGCACUGCAUGAUGCAGAAAUAGCAUGUAAACUUCGGCCAAUGGGUUUUAAGGCACACUUCAGAAAAGCACAAGCUUUAGCCACCCUAGGCAAGGUGGAGGAAGCACUCAGAGAAUUUCUCUACUGUGUGUCCCUUGAUGGAAAGAACAAGAAAGCCAGAACCGAAGCUCAAAGGCUUCUCUUUAGUUUCUUUUCACCAUCAGUCCCGGGGGAUUCUCAGGAACAUUCUCCCGAUAUCCUGAAGCUGUUGGCACCUCACCCUAGAUUAAAGGAACACGUAGAGUCAAUGGCUACUGAAGGCACCAGUCAUAAUCUACCAAAGUUGUCACAGGAAAAUCCAGAGCUUCCGCAUUGUUCUAGUCAGGAGGAAGCAGCAGCUGGGGGAGAAAGCAGCAGCAUGGAGAAGUCAGCUCAAGUAAAGGUGGGGAGUCGAGAAGACAAUGCGAGAGGUCAGGAAGAAGAGGAGGAGCAGGAUGCUGCCUCCAUCAGGACCGGCAAAUGCCAGGAAAAGAAAAGGAACCGCUGCCAAAUUGAUGAAAUUCAAGAAGACAUGGACGUGCCUAAUAAAGUUUCCAAACAAGAUCUUCCUGCUGAUCAGGUAGCCAAACCAGAUCUCAGUAAUCCGCUUGCAUCUUUUGAUGCGUCUGACCUUGAAUGCUCACUGUGUAUGAGAUUAUUCUAUGAGCCAGUCACAACACCUUGUGGGCACACCUUUUGCUUGAAAUGUCUUGAGAGAUGCCUAGAUCAUAAUGCAAAGUGUCCACUGUGCAAAGACGUUCUUUUACAGUGCUUGCCAUCAAGAAAGUAUAGCAAAAAUGUAAUAAUGGAAGAACUAAUAGCUAAAUUCCUGCCAGAAGAAUUCAAGGAACGAAGGAGGCUUUAUGAAGAGGAAAUGGAAGAACUUUCUAACUUAAAUAAGAAUGUGCCUAUUUUCGUGUGUACUAUGGCCUAUCCCACUGUUCCUUGUCCCCUGCACAUCUUUGAGCCUUGUUACCGCCUAAUGAUUCGGAGAUGUAUUGAGACAGGCACAAAACAGUUUGGGAUGUGCCUUGGAGAUCCUGUCAAAGGGUUUGCAGAAUAUGGCUGCAUCUUAGAGAUCAGAAAUGUCCAAUUCUUUGCUGAUGGCCGAUCAGUGGUUGACAGUAUAGGCAAAAGACGCUUCAAGGUGCUGCAUCAGGGCCAGAGGGAUGGCUAUAACACAGCUGACAUAGAAUAUAUUGAAGAUCAAAAGGUUCAGGGAGAAGAUUGUGCUGAACUCAUGGGGUUACAUAACUGUGUGUAUGAGCAAGCAUCCUCAUGGUUUCAUUCACUCAAAACAUCUCUGAAGACUCGGAUACUUAAUCAUUUCGGUCCAAUGCCAGAGAAAGAUGAAGAUCCCCAGGUUAAUCCGAAUGGCCCAGCCUGGUGCUGGUGGACAUUAGCGGUUCUUCCCCUGGAAAGCAGAGCUCAGCUCCCCUUCCUAGCAAUGAGGUCCUUAAAGGAUAGACUCAAUGGUAUUCGGCGAAUCCUGGCCUUUAUAUCCAGAAACCAAAAUUAGGGGGAGCAGACUGUGGCAGAGGCAUUUCCACCCUCUCCACUGCUCCAGGGUGAUGUUCUUGUAAAUAUGUCUAAUUGCAAUAACACCUUAACAGAAAAGAGUAUAUCCUAGAGAGAUGGUACUCUGCUUUUUGACCACACAGAACUGAGUAGGAAGACCAAAAGGAGGGGAGCUGAUUGACUUUCUGUCUUCAAAUGCUUUUUGACACAAACAGCCAGAGGUGUGGAAGAGUCCAGAAAAAGUUGUUUAGCAUCAUUUUUUCUGAAAGUCGAGCAUGACUUAUCUGCCAUAGCUGAGUGACUGUGUGGUUGAACUGUGAAGCAGAGACACAGAUGUCACUGCACCCAUCCACUGACAUGACGUCCCAUUUCAAAUGGUUCAGGUUUUAUAGAGCAUUGUGUAAAAUAAUGUUCAUACUUCUUUCUGUUUUAAUAAUUUAUUUUUUGCACUACUGUAUCCUUUUUCUACAUGUACGUUUGUAACUAUUUAAGUGUACAUUACUGAAAAGUCCAUUGCUUUAUUUAUUGACAUGGUUGACUCUGUAUGUAGGGUAUGUAGGGGAAUAACAGUACUAAAUACGUGCAAUGUUUUUUCUUUAAUUUUUGUUGAAUUAAUCCCAAUUCUUGGGCCAUUUUUAUAUAGUUCAUGUCUAUCCUAGUGGACUAAGUUCCAAAUAAUUUCAGAAGGAUUCUAAGGUAAUUUAUCUUCACAGAUUCCACUCUUUCCGUUUGAAUUAGGCGAUAGAAAAUACCUAAUUGAUUUGGUAUAAGUUGUGACAUGUGCAAGAGUAAGGUAAAAGAAUUCAUUUUCUGUGUGUAAUACAGAAGAAGGCCGAAAGAAUUAUUCAAGAAUGGAGAGAUGAUUUAGAAGUGUCUCAUUACAAUCUAUUAGAGAUACUUUUUCAAGCAGUCUGACCAGAAGUGUAUUAAUUUCUCCCCAGUGCAGUUAAGGAUAGGAUUAAUAUUUACCUAGUUUAUCAGAGAGUGGCAUCAAGACCUGUACCAGCACCUGCUGAAGUACUCGGAGGGGGGGGCUUUUCCUUAUUAAAAGUGCAAGGAAAUCAGAUAGGUUAGAAUCCACUUUUAAAUCUCUAUAAUGGAUCCCAGAGAAUGAAUCCAUGAUUUUAUGUGAACACUGCCUUCCCUCCUGGUAACAAUGGGCCAAAGACUUCAAUACAGGGGAGAAAAGAAAGGAGAUGGGUAAGAAGGGGCAGAAGUUGUACUUCUUAGCUUGCUUAGUGUUAGUUUGAGUCCUUUGGUGUCAGAGAAACCUGGAAAACAGAGUGUGACUGUAUUAUAAUGGCAAAGAGGAAAAUCAGAACCAGGAAAAGGGAAUUAAGUGAAUUGUCACAUUUAUUUCUUAUGCAAACUACUCCCAGGCGAUUUUGGACAGCUAUGGUGUGUUACUCAAGUGUUACCCCCUCACUCUGUUCCACACUCUGUUAACAGGAGAGAGAGAGAGAGAGAGAGAGAGAGAGAGAGAGAGAGAGAGAGAGAGAGAGAGAGAGAGAGAGAGAGAGAGAGAGAGAGAGAGAGAGAGAUUCAGAUUCAGGGAUCAGUCUGGGUUCCUCUGUGACCACCGGAAACAUGAAAGAGGUGGGGCUUGUGUGUGUGAGAGGCGAUCUCCAGAGGCUGUAAAAGAGACUCACGUGAACAGAAAGCAAGCAAUAAUCUACCCUUGCUUAUGUAGGCUGUGUUGUCAGAGCAUUGCCAGCUUGGAUGUUUGGAAUAAUCUGGGCAGGUGAAGAAUGCAAGUGUAUAGAAUGGAAAUCCAGGAGUGGGUACUACCUGAGUUAGGUCUAGAGGGCUCAGAGGGCAGGAAAUGAAGAUAUUUCCCCUCUCACCUGACAGCCGACCAUAUGAUCAUGGCAGAGUUCUAGUGUUAUCAGUCAUGUUGUAGAAUAUCAUCAAUGGUCUACAGUUACAUGAAGCACUCACUGCCUUUACUUGCAGUCCUCGCUCGCAUCCACUUUAAGCUUGAUUGGGAUAAUCCAAAGCACUGAUUCUUGGAUUACAACUUGACAGUUCUCAAGUAACUCCUAUUGGGGUUAAAACUAGGAAAGUAGGACUGAGGAUACAGCUCAGUUGCUAGUGUUUACCUUACGUGCAUGGGCCACUGGGUUAUAUCUCCAGUACCAUAAAAUAUACGAAAUGUAAAGAAAAUGAAAGGAUUGGAGAACAAAUGGGUGUUACAGGUAGGGGCUAAUUCCUACACCAAGAAAAUAGUUUCCAUUGUAAUAAGGGCUAAAAGGUAAUGCUGUAUUGGGGGGAUCUAGAAUUACUGACAGAAUGGAAGCCUUAAGUUUGGCAUAACCAAGCCAUCUCUCCCUGUUUUUCAAAAGGUGUUGAGAAUUUCAACUAUACCAGAAUAAUUGGAUUACACCAUCUAUGGGCUUUGUACAUAGCUAAUGGUAUUUCUUUGUGCUGCCCCAAAUAGCAGGCUCUACAAUGAUGUGUUGAGAACCUACCAUGUACCAGGUACUAAACCGAGUGAUCUCACGCACGUGAACACAUGAAAUAACCUUUUAGACAGCAUUGUUAACCCUGUAUAUGGAUAAGAAAACAAAGGCUUAGCAAUGUUAAGGAAUAUGCCUAUGUAACAUGUUCAUCCAAUGAGUAGCCAAGCUUGAUUCUAUAAACCUAUCACGUAGAAGAACUUUCAAGAUUUUUAACAGUUGUUAUACAUGUUUUAUCCAGUAGACAUGGCAGUCAUAUUACAAAACACCCAAGAGCUCAAAAUGAGAAGUUCCAGGUGAAGUAAAAUGAAGCUGCCUAACACAGCUUUUGUUAAUCUAAGGGAAAGGAGAAGUUUGGCUUCUUAAUAAAAUCCCAUCGAUAAGAGGUACCCAAUCUGAGCACAUGGAAAUCUAGGCUGGGUUAAAUAGCACAUUCCUCUGAGCAGCCUGGAUCCAUGUUGUGGUUGUUCCCUAGCCCAUUUUUGUUUCUGUAAUGGCAGGAAGUGGGAUAGUAGGCUAUGACUUUCUUCAGGAUGCACAUGAAUGAAAAAAAUCAGUUGAACUUGCCUGUUUUUAGCACUUGCAGAUUUGAUUCUGCUUUUAAGCGCAGUGGCGAUAAAUAUAGAGAUAAAACCUAAGUCUCAGCCAGAAGGACAAGAUUCCCCCUUGUAGACAUUUUCUUGGGUUAGUCUUCCUUUCUACUGUGACAUCAUGGUUGACCCAGUCCUUUCCUUGUAGCGGUGUGUGUGUGUGUGUGUGUGUGUGUGUGUGUGUGUGUGUGUGUGUGUGUGUGAUACACUAGGUAGCAAGCAGACCUUAUGCCUUUCUGCUUUGUACCGUAGUACUGCUGCUAGCUAAAAACCAGCAAAAUGUAGAAAGUGAAAAAUGAAGAAACUACUUUUCAGUGGACAAUUUGAAGAAAGGGGUGUUUGCUCCUUGCUUAGGGGGGCAGAGAACUAUUCCAAUAGCUUGCCUUUCUGAAGGCCAACUGCUUCAAGCUCAGUGCUGCCUCCCCAGCAGAGUUGACUUAUGGCACGUGCGGUGCUGCCACUCUGCCUAUGGAGGUGACCUGGGUUCAGAUAAUCCCCUGUGACUAGCCACAGAAGCCUCAGAACUCCCAUGGCUGGGUUACUGCCAACAGGUCGUGUCCUGUUGAUGGACUACAACCUACUGAGGCCUGCAUUCCCUGUGCCAGCUCCAUUUCUAGCAUGUGAAUUUUAGCCAUAGAUUCAUUCCUUGGAUUCCCAGCUUGUUGACUGUGUGUCCAUUUCUACUCAUUGUGGGCCCAAGGAAUGAGGUUUUGAUUCUGGGUGGAAGACAGCUCUGAAAAGCAAGCAGGGCUUGGGCUUUGCUUUCUGGCGUUUCUAAUGUACAGAGAGUUGAAAGGGAAGGGAGCCACGCACAGUGUACACAUUUAAUUCCUUUUAGAAUGGUAGCUCCCACCCACUCCACUGCUUACCUACUUAAUACUCUGGAUUCUACACAUCCACGGGGAAAAUGAAGAACUGUUCGCUUAGAAGUGGGUGUUUCCAAACAUGGUAAGUUAACCUCCAGAGAGAAGUGCCUGGAACCGCCGCCAUUCCUGGUGUCCUUUAAAGCUUUGGCUUCGUGACUUUGUAGCAUUUUUUAAAAAAAACUGUUUGCAGCCACAAAUGUGAUUAACAGAAGUUUACAAAGCAACACUGUACCUUGUGCAUUAUCUUAGAAGUCCGCUGGCGUUCAUCUAUUGUUCAAGUGAUGAAGACAACUAGUGAGCUAAGAAGAAGAGCAAAUAGCUCUGUGUGGCACCAUUGACUGAUGUGAGAUAAAUGAGUCAUUCUUGUAUGCAUUUCUCUGUAACGCCAGGAUUAAAACAUCCAGCAAGCCACUCAAACAGUGGCAAGUGUGUAUGUGUGUUUGCUUUCCAUUUGUUUGUUAAGCAGCCAUUUUACUUUUGCACAAUUAUGAGUUGAAGGGAUAUUAAGAUAACGCCCCCUCCCCCACCAACGCUAUUCAACUACCUCUAUGUGCCUGGUUUCCUUUUAGGGUUCCCUUCUUCUAAAUCUGCACAAAAUAGUUUCAGCUCAUCUAUGUUGUAAUCGCAAUGUGAUAUAGAUAGUCUCUGUGAAAAUUGUUUGUUCAUUAAAUGAAAGUUUCCUGUUGUC